AUGGAUGCAUCGUUUUAUAUGAGCUUGUUGUCGAAUAUGGAUCCGGAUGAUUCUACGUUAAUCUUCAGUACGAACCAGCUAAUGACAAUAAUGCGCAUAUAUGGAGAAUAUUGUGUUGAACUUUAUCGAGAAGGGGCCGAUCCUAAUUACAAAGUUGCCGUGGUGUCGGACAUAUUGCAGAAUAUAAUUGAUUCUAUUGUAUUUGCAGAGAAUGUCAUUUUAAACGGCGUUGUCAGAGAUACACUUUCUCAUAUGACACAUGAAGUUGAAAAUUUGGAAACAUUAAGCCAAUUUUCAUUGAAAGUUAAAUGUUUGUUUCGGAGUGAUACAGCACUUGCUCAAUUGUUACGACCAGCGCUUUUACCACAAGCACAAAUAUGUGACAUUAGUCAUCAGACAAUUGAUGAAGCUUAUGAAAAAGCAAUGGAAAACACACGAGUAAUUGUCGUUGUAUCUUAUAAUCGGAAAAUGAUGAGAUAUGAAAGCUUUAUACAAGCGAUUCAAGAAACUACAACGCCUGUGGAUUCAAUUUAA